CUUAGUUAGCCAUCCAGAGGUGCAUCGCAUGGCUUCGUAGCCCUAAUCUCUUUUAGAUACUCUCCUGAUAUCUCCAAGAGGACCACACCCCAAAAUUCCCUUUUGUUGAUAUCAGACAGCUCCGACUUGCGCGGUUGACACCAUGUCGCUCCCACAACGGCCUGGGAGGCAUGAACUGUCCCAACAGCCCUCCUUCCGCGAUUCCUACCACCGGCGGAGACAUGACAUCGAGUCGGGCGGAUACACCGACAGCCCCGCCAGCCCCUCCUCGCAGUCGCGCCGGAAUCAAGGCUACUUCUCCACCGGCUCCCCCUCCCCGUCCUCGCCGCAGGAAUACGACUCAAUGUCCUCCCCUCGUGGCCUGAACCGCAAGCGCAGCCUCGUCCGGCCCGAGAGGACCCGCAUGAACCGCGACCACCCAAACUACCACUACCGCCAGCACGCCCAGAACAUGCCCACCUACCCCUCCACGACCGGUAACGAACCCGUCAUGGAGGACCCCAUCGAGGCCGAGACAGUCAGCUCCGGCAGCACCGACACGAAGAGCUUGAAACGUGAAAAGGCCAGCAGCGGCGGCGGCGGUAUCCCAAGCCUCGACUACAGCCGUGGGCCACACCCUGCCGCCAGAUCCUCACGCCCCGCCGGUGGUGCCGGCGGAGGCAAGAAUAAGGACGACGUGCGCAGAAAACUGUCGCGGAAGGCGUCCAGGUCCCAUAGAGAGGAGGAGAAGAGGCGUCAGAAAGAGCUGGAUGCGAUCCGGCCGCCCAGCCUUUGGAACGUGUACUGCGCGAUGGUCACCUUCUGGUGCCCCGAUUUCCUGUUGAAGUGCUUCGGGAUGCCCGCCAAGGCGCAGAGGAGGGCCUGGCGUGAGAAGAUGGGCCUCAUCAGUCUGAUCCUCCUGAUCUGCGGCUUCGUCGGCUUCCUCACCUUUGGCUUCACCCAGGUCGUCUGCGGCAGCCCAGGCGUACGGCUCAAGGUCAACCACGUCGGUCUCGGCUACCUGAUCAUCCACGGCAAAGCGUACGACUUGGUCGAAUCGAGCCAUCCUGCCGCCAUCGGCAUUCCCGGCGGUUCAAACGUUAUCUUCGACCUGCCCGAAAAACACGGUGGCAAGGACGCGAGCUUCCUCUUCCAGAACGUCAACGGCGAGUGCAAGGGGCUCAUCACCGCUGUCGAAAAUUCCGAGAUACCGACGAAUUCCGAAAAGGAGAUGGGCUGGUAUUUCCCUUGCUCAUUGUUCAACCAGGAUGGUUCGACCAGGCCAAACUUCACCGAGCCCCGAUACACCGGAUACGCCUGCCACACCACGGGCAAAGCGAGAAGAGCCCUCUACAAUCUGAAAAGCGCUGGCGAGGUCUACUUCACCUGGGACGACGUCAAGAACAAGACCCGUAAUCUGGUGGUCUACUCCGGCAACGUUCUCGACCUAGAUCUCCUGGCGUGGUUCAAUACCAGCCAGGUCGUCUACCCGGCACGAUUCGAUGAUCUGCGCACCAACCCGGACCUCAAGGGGGUGGAUAUCACUCAUAUGUUCCAGUCGGGCGAGGAUAAGAAGAUUGCGAGAUGUCUAUCCGAGAUCGUCAAGGUGGGCUCCGUGGACACCGAAACCGUCGGCUGUAUCGCCUCCAAGGUCGUCCUGUACAUCUCGUUGGUGUUCAUCCUCUCCGUUGUUUCGGUCAAGUUCUUCCUCGCACUGGGCUUCCAAUGGUUUAUCGCAAGGCGGUUUGCAGCUCCCAAGACCGCGAUCGAUCCACAAUCGAAAGAGCGCAAGCGCCAGAUCGAAGACUGGAGUGAUGAUAUAUAUCGCCCUGGCCCACGCUUGAACGAUCCCGCCGCGCCAGGAAAGCGUGGAAGCAGCCUGUUCCCCACGACAUCCCGCUUCUCCAGCCCCUACGUCAUGGGAGCUCAAAAGCAGCGGCCCGUGCCGACGACAAUGGCAAGCCAGAACGCAGGCAGCCGCCUCAACGCGCCGUCCGCCAUGUACAAAGCCGGUCAAAAUUCCAGCCAGGCUACCCUGAGCGCCGAGCCCUUCAAUCGUCAGAGCGUCGCCGCCAGUCGGUCCAGUCUCAUGGUUCCGGAUCCUCGCUACUCUACCAUCAGCGACAUCGAGGGCCAGGGUCCCGCCGAACUUAUCCACGAGGCCGUUGUUCCCCAGCCACCCCCCGAGUGGCAACCGUUUGGCUACCCCUUGGCGCAUGCUAUCUGUCUGGUCACCGCGUACUCUGAAGGCGAGGAGGGUCUCCGUACAACCUUAGAUUCCAUCGCCAUGACGGACUAUCCGAACAGCCACAAGACGAUCAUCGUUAUCUGCGAUGGUAUGAUCAAGGGUAAAGGCGAAAGCUUGACCACUCCGGAGAUCUGUCUCGGCAUGAUGGGCGAUUACGCCGUGCUACCGGAAGAUGUCCAAGCGUUCUCGUACGUUGCCGUUGCCAGUGGAGCGAAGAGGCACAACAUGGCCAAGGUGUACGCCGGAUUCUACGAUUAUGGGGAGAAUUCCGUCGUUCCCCGCGAGAAGCAGCAGCGCGUUCCGAUGAUGGUCAUCGUGAAAUGCGGAACCCCGGACGAGGCGAAGAACAGCAAACCAGGAAACAGGGGUAAACGUGACAGCCAGAUCAUCCUGAUGUCGUUCCUUCAGAAAGUCAUGUUUGACGAGCGGAUGACCGAGCUCGAGUUCGAAAUGUUCAACGGCUUGUGGAAGAUCACAGGAAUAUCGCCGGAUUUCUACGAGAUCGUUCUGAUGGUCGACGCCGACACGAAGGUGUUCCCGGACAGCCUUACGCAUAUGAUUUCUGCGAUGGUCAGCGAUCCUGAAAUUAUGGGUCUCUGCGGCGAGACGAAGAUUGCAAAUAAAGCUCAGAGCUGGGUCACGAUGAUUCAGGUGUUUGAGUACUUCAUCUCCCAUCAUCUGUCAAAGUCUUUCGAGUCCGUCUUCGGUGGUGUUACCUGUUUGCCCGGGUGUUUCUGUAUGUAUCGCAUAAAGGCCCCCAAGGGCGGACAGAACUACUGGGUGCCAAUCCUUGCCAAUCCGGACGUGGUGGAGCACUACUCCGAGAACGUCGUCGACACCCUGCACAAAAAGAACCUGUUACUUCUUGGCGAAGAUCGAUACCUAUCCACGCUGAUGCUCAAGACUUUCCCCAAGCGCAAGCAGGUCUUCGUUCCGCAGGCCGUGUGUAAAACAACCGUGCCGGACGAGUUCAAGGUCCUUCUCUCUCAGCGUCGUCGGUGGAUCAACAGUACCGUUCACAACCUGAUGGAACUCAUUCUCGUGCGCGACCUCUGCGGUACUUUCUGCUUCAGCAUGCAGUUCGUCGUGUUCAUGGAGCUCGUCGGCACCCUGGUCCUCCCCGCCGCCAUCUCGUUCACUUUCUACGUCGUCAUCAUCUCCAUCAUCAAGAAACCCGUGCAGAUCAUUCCGCUCAUCCUUCUCGCGCUCAUUCUCGGUCUCCCCGCUGUUCUGAUCGUCGUCACGGCGCAUCGCCUGUCCUACGUCAUGUGGAUGUUUAUUUACCUGCUGUCUCUGCCGAUAUGGAACUUUGUCCUGCCCACGUACGCCUACUGGAAAUUCGACGACUUCAGCUGGGGUGAUACGCGCAAGACGGCGGGGGAGAAGACGAAGAAGGCCGGUAUCGAGUAUGAGGGGGAGUUCGACAGCAGCAAGAUCACGAUGAAACGGUGGCGUGAUUUUGAGAAAGGUAUUGUAUACGCUGUUCCUCCUUUGGUCAGGGGACAACGAAUGCUAAUCAUUUUCUUUUCUUCCCGCUUGCUAGAACGUCGCAUAAGAACUGGUGCCGGAGCGUUCUCACAAUCAACGACUAAUUUUGCGCAUUAUCCGCAUCGUAAUUCCGUGUACGAAUCCGAUUAUUAGAUUUCUGGAUUUUGGGAAAACGUUGCUGCUUUCUUUCUUUUUUUUUUUUUUUUUGUUUAAAUUUUUUGUCCAUAUACUUGGGUUGCCCUUUUCUUUUCUUUUCUUCUUUUUUAUUAUUACCCUGUCUGCCUGUGAUAGAAACAAGGCAUCAUGUUAGGAGUCAUGUCAUGUUGGCCCAGUCCUUUUCCCCAUCCCCC